AUGUUCAUCAAGAACACAGUUAACUUUUGUAUCAUUAGUGAACUAAACUUGGUUCUCUGUAAUGUGCAGACAAGGCAAACUGCUCUCUUUUCUGUAACUCAAACAAAGAAGAAGCACUCUGGGCUUUCUCGUUGUGGUAAAAUUUGUCGUUUAAGGUGGGCAAAUCACUUAAAUCUUGAUCUCAAAAAGGUGCAUUUACACCAGAGGAAGAACGCCACAUCAUUGAACUCCAUGCUAAAAUGGGGAACAAAUGGGCACGCAUGGCUAUUGAGUACCCUAACCCCAACUGGUGUUGAAACUCCAGAUGUUAUCGACCUCCGCAAACAGCAACAACAAAGGAAGGAACCCGAGAAACCUCUGUAUCAGGUGCUGGAGGAAAAAGAAGAGAAGAUAGCCCCAGGAGCUUUGCUUGGAACUACACAUACGUAUGAUGAUGAGAAUUUGGUUGAAGGAUACUUGCUUAGAGCUGCUCAAAGAAACUCAUGUAUUUUUAGGGACAUGUACAGAUUAGUGGUCAGCCACGUGUCAAGUGCAAAAUGGAUCCCAAAUUGGUAUGGCAUUUGGGAUCCCCUUCAAAGGUGUCUCAAGGACCUAGAUACGUUCACUGCAGCUAUUGUUACUAGGUUUAGAGCAAUGGUUGCAAGAGAUGAGUUCAGAAGAAGAAGAAGAAACAAGGUUGCAACUAUAGUUUAG